ACCACUGUGACCAGUGAGCAAUUACGUUGAUAUGACAGAUUUCAUAACCCAAAAAGUCAUCAAUUUUAACGAUUGAUAUUUUGCUUCGCGGAUAAUAUAUGUAUUUCUGCUAGAUUCUUUCGUUUCGUGUAAAAACGCGUCGAAUGAGCCUAAUCUCGUCAAAAUCGGAGCUGACCGAGGCCUCAUUAAAGAGCGUUCGCGUGCAACAAAUUUGAAUCUAACUGUGUGGACUCUAAAGCUGUUGGACACGAAAAAGUGGAAAUCAUGAAAGAGCUGUUGACAAAUCAGUCUAGCAUGGGAUACAGUAGCUCGUUCGUCAACAGUAACAAAGAUGCAGGCACUAGCAGUAUUAUAGGUGACAAUAAUUCGAGGAGAUACGCCAUGCUCAGCACCGAAUGGAUCUCCACCAUCGGCGAGGAACUGGGCAUGCAUCCACUGCCGGAUCCUCUCCUAAAGAGACUAGCCGAGGACGCUUCCUAUCGCUUGAGAGAAGUUCUGCAUAAAUGUGUUACGAGACUGAGACACAGUAAGAGGAAACGUCUGACAUCCGUGGACGUAAAUGCAGUCAUCACCAGCUUAUGCGACGCCGAUCCGGUUUUUGGUGCGUCGGAAUCCAUGCCGGAGUAUCAUACGGAGGCAAAGGUGUACGUGCCUUGCGAAUCUGUCGUUAAUCUCGCCAAUCAGAUGAACGAUCCGUUGUGUCUGACGCAAAACAACGUGCCGUUUCUACAAGAAUCUGAGAUAUGUGAUAUAAAACUGACAGAAGCGCGUCACAAUUAUGCCAAACGUGCGUUGAAAACUUUAUUUAAUGGCUCACAAAAGACCUUUCAGGUUUUACUUAAUGAUUGUGCCACCAACGUGCAUUUAGGUGACGAGGGAGUCAUCGACAAAUUGAUGUCCAUUGCUCGGUCCAUGGUAAUCUCAAAUAAUGCACAAUAUACACGUGUUUCCACACGGACGUGUCAACUCAUAAUCGCGAUUACUAGUAACGGCGAAGCUAUCUAUCCCUAUCACCUAAUUUCGGUGGAUAAAUUAACGGAAUUAUUGCUGGAAUUGCUGUUGGGUCAGAGUUUCAUACAUCCGAAUUUGGAGAUACUCUUCAAAGAAUGCGCGCUCAAAUUGAUGCUUCGCUGGCCGUCGAUUGCCGACAAAUAUAUACCAGUAUUGGAGAAUGUCCUUUUAAAGAGCGAAACGGAAAGCAUUGAUCUCUACAAAAAGAGGAUAAUGGCGGUGGAAUUGUUAGCGAGUAUUCAGCCGCUUGUAUUUUUCCAACACGAGGCUUCGCACACGCUCUCCAUACAAAAUAUUUUAUAUUACUACGCUUCGUCCGGUUCGGUUAUUUGGCAGCGAAUGGCUCUAUCUACUUGUGCUCUCGUGAGGUCGCAGGGCUCUUCUUUGGAUCUCGCCCCUUUGACCGAGCAUUACGGGGACUCGUUACUACCUUAUUUACCCGCUAAUCGCGAAGACAAUGCAAGAGAGAGAAGAGAUAAGAAAGGCGCACUGCCUAUCGUCGUUAAGAGCAAGAUCAAGUACGCGAAAGUCAGGCCGCUGCUUAACAACAGGAUGCUGUGGGAUCGACAGACGGCGUUUCCGGAUUCCACUCUGAGAGGACCGAGACGGGAGAUAAGAUUUGCGUUCGCUGGUGGCCGUCCGGUACCGCAAAACAACUUGAGACGCGUCAGUUUAAGAGCUAAUUAUCAAAUUCUAAGGAGCGACCUGCAGGCCACUCUCGCUCUAGUCGCAUCACGCAGAUUACUUGUGAUUAAAGAUAAAAAGAAGGGUCCCUACAACUUUUAUAACUUGGCAAACGUCUGUUUGUAAUAUAUAAAGAUCAGCAUGUAUAUAAGCUUCAUUCAUUCAAACGGUUUAGCGUUACGUGUAUAGCGAGGGUUGUCAUAAUUAUUCAUAUAUUUUGUAUUAUAUCAGUAAUAGCUGUAGACCGUCCCGGUUAAUUAAAACUUAAGGAGAUUUGUCAUUGCUUCCCUUUCAUGGAACUACUUUUAUUUUUGUACGAUGUUUAGACGCCAAUCUCUGUUAGCGUCUUGUCAAUCUUUUUUUUUUUUAAUUUUCUAUGAACACGAAUCCCUUUCCACGUUAGUCGAGACAUAAAAGAAGUUCCUGAAAGGUUUCUAUGUAAAUCCUUUAAUUUAAAUGAAGAUUUUUUUUUAAUAUUUUGUAAAUUAUGUAAAAGUUAUGUAUAUAUUCAGUGCGGUAAGAGUACGGGACUCUCCUAAAUCUUACGAGUUACAUUUGUACAAAUAUUCUUUU